ACCCGCGGGCGGGGGACGAUGCUCGACGGUGCCGAGGCCCCUCCCGGUGCCGGGGCGGGGCGGGGGCGGGGCGGGAGCCCCGGGCGGGCCGGGAUCAGCCCGCGGUGCUGCGGAGGGGCCGGGGGCGGCGGAGGCAGCCCCGCCGCCGCAGCCCCCGCGGCUGCCGGCCGCUCGGGCGGGACGAUGCCGGUGAUGAAAGGGCUGCUGGCGCCGCAGAACACCUUCCUGGACACCAUCGCCACCCGCUUCGAUGGCACACACAGCAACUUCAUCCUGGCAAACGCUCAGGGCCGCUGUGGCUUCCCCAUCGUCUACUGCUCCGAUGGCUUCUGCGACCUCACCGGCUUCGGCCGCAGCGAGGUCAUGCAGAAGAACUGCAGCUGCCGCUUCCUCUGCGGGGCCGACACCAGCGAGCCCGUCCUGCAGAGCAUCGAGAGGGCGCUGGACAGCAGGCAGGAGUACCAGACUGAGGUCUGCUUCUACAAGAAGGACGGAGCUGCCUUCUGGUGCCUGCUGGACAUCAUGCCCAUCAAGAAUGAAAAGGGGGAGGUGGUGCUCUUCCUCUUUUCUUUCAAGGACAUCACAGAGAGCCGAGGCAGGAGCUGCCCCGGUGACAAGAAGGAGGAGAAGCAGAGGAGUGAGAAGCAGAGGAGCAAGAAGCCCGGGAACUCACACCUGAGGGCUGCACGGAGGCAGGGCCGGACCAUGCUGCACCAGCUCAGCAGCCAGUUUGCCCGGAGGGACCGUGGCGAGAUGAAAAUCAACCGUAACGUGUUUGAGAACAAGCCGUCCGUCCCCGAGUACAAGGUGGCCUCGGUACAGAAGUCCCGCUUCAUCCUGCUCCACUACAGCAUCUUCAAGGCUCUCUGGGACUGGUUGAUCCUGCUGGCCACCUUCUACGUGGCUAUCACUGUCCCCUACAAUGUCUGCUUCACGGGCACAGAGGACAGUCUCUCAGCUGCCCGCAGCACCAUUGUCAGCGACAUCGCCGUGGAGAUGCUCUUCAUCCUGGAUAUCAUCCUGAACUUCCGGACAACGUACGUGAGCCAGUCGGGCCAGGUUGUGUACGACCCUCGCUCCAUCUGCAUCCAUUACGUGGCCACCUGGUUCUUCGUGGAUCUGAUUGCUGCCCUGCCCUUCGAUCUGCUCUACAUCUUCAACGUGACCGUGACCUCGCUGGUUCACCUGCUGAAGACGGUGCGGCUGCUGCGGCUGCUGCGGCUGCUGCAGAAGCUGGACCGCUACUCGCAGUACAGCGCCAUGGUGCUGACGCUGCUCAUGUCCAUGUUUGCCCUGCUGGCUCACUGGAUGGCCUGCAUCUGGUACGUCAUCGGCCGCAAGGAGCUGGAGAGCAACGACCCCCGCACCUGGGACAUCGGCUGGCUGCACGAGCUGGGCAAGAGGCUGGAGGCUCCCUACAUCAACAAUUCGGUGGGCGGCCCCUCCAUCCGCAGCGCCUACAUCGCCUCCCUCUACUUCACCCUCAGCAGCCUGACCAGCGUGGGCUUCGGCAACGUCUGCGCCAACACCGACACCGAGAAGAUCUUCUCCAUCUGCACCAUGCUCAUUGGGGCGCUGAUGCACGCCGUCGUCUUUGGCAAUGUCACGGCCAUCAUCCAGCGCAUGUACUCCCGCCGCUCGCUCUACCACACCCGCAUGAAGGACCUCAAGGACUUCAUCCGCGUCCAUCACCUGCCCCAGCAGCUCAAGCAGAGGAUGCUGGAGUACUUCCAGACCACCUGGUCGGUGAACAACGGCAUAGAUGCUAAUGAGCUGCUGCACGACUUCCCCGACGAGCUGCGUGCGGACGUGGCCAUGCACCUCCACAAGGACAUCCUGCAGCUGCCCAUCUUCGAGACGGCCAGCCGGGGCUGCCUCCGCUCCCUCUCGCUGCACAUCAAGACCUCGUUCUGCGCCCCGGGGGAGUACCUGCUGCGCCAGGGCGACGCCUUGCAGGCCAACUACUUCGUCUGCUCCGGCUCCCUCGAGGUGCUGAAGGACGACGUGGUGCUGGCCAUCCUGGGCAAAGGGGAUUUGAUUGGAGCCGACCUGGGCGGAACGGAGCAGGUGAUCAAGACCAACGCGGACGUGAAGGCUCUGACCUACUGCGACCUCCAGCACAUCGGCCUGCGGGGGCUCUGCGAGGUGCUGCAGCUCUAUCCUGAGUACGCCAGCAAGUUCACGGCUGACAUCCACCAGGACCUGACCUUCAACCUGCGGGAGGGCAGCGAGAUGGAGGGGCUCUGCCGCUACUCCCGGUCCCCGAGGCUGCCGCAGCCUCGUCCGGAGAGCGGCGCUGCCCCGGAGAAACCCCUUCCCUCCAUCGUGGAGGAUGAGGAGGAGCCCGACGAGGUUUUCCAGCAGCUCCCCGCCAGCAGCUCCCGCCGCAAGCUGCUGCUGCCCGCGCUGAGCAGCUCGGUGCGCCGCGGCUCGCUGAGCAGCCUCCUGGGCGAUGAGCUGGGCCAGGCGGCAGCCCUGCGGCACGGCUGCCCCUCCCCGGCCGCGGCGGGCCGCAGCCCCUCUCCGCGGUGCCGGAGGGACGGCCGGCUGCUGGAGCGGGACGGCGGCGCGGGCGGGAGGCCGGCCAAGCUCCUCAUCCCCUCGCUGCACUCGUCCGGCCCGCCCGACCUCAGCCCCAGAGUCGUGGAUGGCAUUGAAGACAACGGGGGCGCUUCGGAGUCCCAGAGCUUCUGCUUCAGCGUGGAGCCGCCGCCGGGUGCGGCAAGGGACUCCCCCGGCUCAGGGACCGACCCGGGCGGCCCCGCCCUGGCCAUGGAGGCAGAGCGGAUAAAGCAGAACAUCAGCAGGCUCAACCAGGAGAUCAGCCACCUCAACCAGGAGGUUUCUCACCUCGGCCGGGAGCUGCAGAGCAUGAUGGAGCUGCUCAAGGCUCACCUGGGCACCCCGCACCCCCCGGCCUGCCCCUGCCGUCUGCCCGCCACCGUCUCGCCGCCCGCUGCCCCGGUGCCGCCCCCCUCGCCCCCGGUGCCCCCCAGCUCGCUCAGCUCGCCCACCGCCAGCCCCCGGGCCAAGCGCUGCCCGGUCCGCAGCCGCUCUGCCCACGCCGCCGCCCUGCACCCCUGGCCGGGCACCGAGGGGCCGCGCCCGCCGCGGGGGGACGCCCCCGGCCCCGACCCUCGCCGGGGCUCGGACUCGCAGCCGCCGCCGCUGCCGCCCCGCUCCGCCCGCUCCUUCCCCGGCUGCUCGGCCGGGGCUUGGUGCCGCGCCCGCCCGCAGCCGCGGUCCGGCUCCACCAGCUCCCACUGACCCCGCGGGCACCGGCGGCACCCGCACCGGGACCCGCACCGGGACCCGCACCGGGACCCUCACCGGGAUCCUCACCGGGAUCCGCACCGGGACCCGCACCGGCACCCGCACCGGGACCCUCACCGG